UCGAGUCUUAAAGAUUCUCCUGCAACUCCACAAACAAGCCAUGAGACGGGAGUUGCCACUUGUGUUUGCAGCCAGUGCCUUGCUGGUUCACUAUUUGCUAUGCCCAAAGUUCCAAAUGACCCUCCAGGAACGACCAGGCCUCGAUGCCUUCCCCGGCGCUGUGUCCUGGUUGGUUUAUCCCUGGGAGCCCCGUUUCGCCAGCACCUGCGGAGGGAUUCCAUCCUCUAUCCAAGACGUUGUCCGCCAUGCUGGGCAAGAUGGUGAUCAUCGUGAGGUCCUUUUUGUCAGAAUUGGAGAUGAGCACAUGACUCAGAGAGAUGCACAAGUACUCGCUCAGCAGACGCUGUGCGGCCUGGAUAGCGUUGCGAAGUCAAUCGGCUGGACGAAGCCGCACGUGAGGAAGAACAUGUUUAGAAUGAGCGUAGUGGUGGACUCUUCUCAAUUGAGUAUGGCAAACUGGCUCACAUGCGCGAAAUGCAUGCUUGCGGUGAUAAAGGCAAUUCAGCCCUUCGUCUCUCCAUUCUAUGAUCGCAUGCCUGGACUCAUCUCUGUGGUGGAUCCACCCUUUGUCGCAACAAAGGCCUGGUACAUGGUCAGGCCAUGGUUGGGCCAACCUACGCGUGAAGUGGUGCGAUUUGUGCAGUCGGAGCAGCCUGAGUCGGACUGAUCCGACAACGCAAGUGGCUCUAGCACAACGCCUUGGGCACCUGCUGAAUACAAUCAAUUCACAACAACAUACAAGAACACCGUGGGAAUGGCCGAAAUCUUCUUCAACAGGUUCCCGCUGCCACCCAAGGACGGGCACCAGGCAUUUGUCGCCCUGAAGCUCCACCCUUGUGUGCAAUUCGUGUUUUGCCAGUUUUGCUGUUUGCCUUUGUCGGUUGUACAGCGUUUGCUGAAGGCUCAAAGGAUCUCAGACCGACACUGACACCCAGACUGUUUUGCGACUUUUUUGCAUGUACAGAUCUCCGUCUCAACCUAGGCACACGAAUGUUUGGCUGAAACAGCCUUUCUAGUGGGCUUGCGAUGAGGCAUUUCUCUCGCAGGUUUUGGCAUGGUGAAGUCGAUGCUAAGACUUGCGGCCAGCUACCCAAAUGAAGACCACAACAUCGCUGCGAAACUUAGCUCACGGCCAAUUUAUACAAUUUGCGUGUUGUCUUGUCAGCAAAUGCAAAAUCCCAGGCUUUGCUGCACGUUGGCUUUGGCCAACACUGAAGUUCGUCGUAUUUGCACACCUAGCCACAAGAUGCUGCAAGAACUUCAAGAGCAAAGCCUGGGAAGUCUCCAGACUUCAGACACUUCCCAGACCCAUCUUUCGGAGUUUCAUUUCUAGGGAGUUGGUCUCGGCAAAUACUUUCAGCACAGUGGUGAAAGCCAUUGUCUUGCUCCAGUGCUUAUGGUCAAGCAGUCCUUUCAUUCCAUCCAGUGCUGAUCAAAACACGGCAAGAUGAGGAAGAAUGCAUGUGGGAAUAAGACGGUGCGCGGAUGACUUUUCUAUAAAGCAGCCGCCAAAUUCUGGCAGGCAGGCUUUCUUGUGUUCAGGGUCCGUGGAGCGUGAACGUUUUUUCUGCUCCUGGCCUUUCGGUUCGCACCUACAGUCAUUGGGCUAAUGGACCCUCUGGGACAGACAUUCGGCGAAGUUCCAAAUAUGUUGCGUUUGUUUGCAAGUUGCCUCGGUCCCCUUUAGCUUUGAUAAUGGUAAAUAGGAGCAUUCUUCUCAGCAGAAAUGGCAGUCAAGUGAUUUGGACCCUUUAGUAAGUAACAAGAAGCUACUAGUAGCAAAUGGCAUUACUACUAGCAACAAGAAGCUACUAGGGGCUCCUGGCAUCGCUACUAGGAGAAGGACGCUACUAGGGGCUCCUGGCUUUGCCACUAGGAACAAGAAGCUAUUGUCAAAUUCUUGUUGAUUCUUUUCUUUGUGUUGUA